AUGGCAGCUAUCAAGGGCCCAGCGCCGCAGACCUACGAUGGCACAAACUUACGAGUUGCGAUUGUACAUGCUCGGUGGAAUCUAUCCAUAAUCAAUCCGCUCGUGGAUGGCGCAAAGGAAAAACUCCUCGAGUGUGGUGUCAAGGAGACCAACAUCGUUGUUGACACCGUCCCAGGCUCGUGGGAACUUCCCACCGCGGUGCAGAGAAUUUUUGCAGCAUCUCAAAUCCAAAGUUCAAGUAGCGGCCCGACCAUCUCUGCCGGCGAUCUCCUCAGCUCAUCGACUUCGGAUAUCACGUCACUCAACUCUAGCCCAUCCACGGCGGACGGACCAUUUGAUGCUAUCAUUGCUAUCGGCGUGCUGAUCAAAGGAGAAACUAUGCACUUUGAGUAUAUUGCCGACUCUGUCUCACACGGCCUUAUGAGGGUGCAGCUUGAUACUGGUAUCCCCGUUAUAUUCGGUGUGCUCACUGUGCUCACGGAGGAACAGGCGCAGGCCAGGGCGGCCGUUGAGAUGGGCGCCAAGCGAAAGCUCUGGGCAGCAGCGUUCUUGCGCAUGAAAAAUGGCCAGUACGAGGCGGACAAGACGAGACUCAUGCUAAUCCCUAAUAUAGAGGAAUGGAGCCACGUCCAGGAGUUUUAUCAGACUGAGGAUGGCGAUGGGGGAUACAUAGCGGUUAUGGUGAACCCGACUGGAAGCACUGGAUACGGGCAGGAUUUCACUGAUAGGAUUCAGAACGAGUGGGGAGGAAGGCCCUAUGAGGACCUCGAGCGAUGCUGGGAGCAUAUUCGCGCAAAUAUGCCAGAUGUUGAUGUGGACAACGGUGUGGCAUUGGGCGCCUCGUAUGGCGGUUAUAUGAUUAAUUGGAUCCAGGGUCACCCUCUAGGCCGCAAGUUUAAAGCACUAGUCUGCCAUGACGGCGUCUUCUCCACCGUGAAUCAGUGGUCGACUGAAGAACUCUUCUUCCCAAUCCGAGAGUUUGGCGGUCCCAUCUGGGAGCGGCGAGAAACUUACGAGAAAUGGGACCCUUCAAGAUUCACUGACAAAUGGCAGACGCCCAUGCUUGUAAUUCAUAACGAGUUGGACUACCGCUUGCCAAUAUCUGAAGGCCUGGCCAUGUUUAACGUCCUCCAGGCCAGGAAGAUCCCUAGCCGCUUUGUUAUGUUCCCCGAUGAGAAUCAUGACCGGUCCAUGGACGGGCGGCCAGGCCGCAAGGCGAGGCCAUUUGUGUCCAUCACCACAAAUGCGAUUAAGAGGAGCUCUUGGUAA